AGGAUCAUGAAUUCUUCUAUUUCACUUUAUACUCCUCCUUCUCGGAAGCGUGAACAUUCUGUUGAAGUCGAAAUAGACCAGUUGGAAACUGAACGUGCUAAACGACGUUACGUUUCUGAGUUCUUGUCUUCUGAAUUAACCGCCUUAAGUCUUCACAACAAUGACGAAGAAUAUGCGACUAAUAAUGUUAAACAAACUGAUAUAUCGGAUUUGACCGCUAAUCUAUGGAAAAAUAAAUCUCAGAGUAGAAAACAUGUUGUUAUGGUUACCGAUCUCGAUGCUGAUGCCUCUGAAGAUUCCGAUGAGAAAUAUGAUGCUAAUAUGAAUGAUGAACGUUCUUCUUCCGUCAUUAAUUCUGUUACAUUAUCUCAUGAAAUUCGAAGAUCAUUAAAGAAGAUUUCAAAGGAAUUGGAAAAUCCAGUUCGGGCAUUAAUCUUAUAUCAACGUCCUCCAUGGUUGCCAAUUGAAUCUUCUAAUUCGGAACAUAAAGGGACAAGCCCUCGAAAAAAUAAGGAAAAUAUACAUGAACGUCGCAUUUCCGAAAUCAUGGAUAACGGUAAACUAUCUCCUAUUCCUGAGGAUCCUGUAAUUGAUUCUGAAGAAAUGGAUUUAGACCUAGAUGUCGAAACCAAUAGAAUUUCUUAUGAUGG